GAUGCCAUUACCUUGAGAUUUCAAAGGGUGAAGCUCACCGUAGGAGCGACUCACUAUCACUUGCCAAGUUUCCUAGCACGUGGUAUUGAGGUAAGAUAACUUUGCCGGUACUCCAAUCGAGCCAAUUCCUUCUAAAUACUCGAACAACGACAAAUCAACACUGGAAAUUUUUCAUCAAAAUGGCGCAACAAAACAAGAAAAGGAAGCACGGCGAAGAUCUAGAACCUGCACAACAAGGGCUUCCAUCACCUAUCAUUUUUCUUGCGAGAGGUGUCAAUGCCGAUACACGAUUUACAGUAUUCCGACAGCAAUUCCAUUUGCAUUCUUCUGGCCUCAAACAUCACUCUAAUUAUUUCCGCAAGUUUCUUAAUUCAGCUGACAAAUCACCUGCCCCUGCAUCUGCGUUAUUCAAAUACGACUAUUGCUCUGUCAUUGACGAAGAUGGAAGCUGGGCUUUGAUGCCAGCUUCAGAUUCGCCAGAGAUAACAGACCAGAAGAUAGCCGUUAUCGAUGGGCCGGAGAAAGAAAUCGAAGCUGUUCGAAAACUCCUUUGUGCGAUCCAUUCGAAAAGAUACAAGAUUGAGACUGCAGACGAGCUCGAAAGACUCACACGCUUGGCAGAUUACCAUUGCGCCCUGCCAGUGGUUUCAGCAACCUUGACUGGAGCUUUGUUCAAGAGUAGUAUGUUUGAAAUCUCACCCAUGAUAUCGAUAUACGAUGCCCAAGGAUGCGAAAUUCAUGAUAACUCUGUAUCCUUGCUUUUGUUAGCCCGCAAACUUCGCAACGGGGUGCUUUUCAGAGAAUGUUUGAUCCAUACAGUUGGGAGGUGGGAUUUUCUCCCAGAUCCUGAGAAGGAGAUGAUCAAAGAAGACCAAGAGUUAUAUAAACUUGUGCGAAUCAAGCUUAGUUUCUUGUAUGAGACUCUUUCCAAAUCCCAAAUUGCAUUAUUUCGGGCUCUUGUUGAGGAAGAAAUUACACUUCACAAGAUUGCUCAAUAUGCUUCCCCGAGAACAUUGAUCGGUGAAUAUCUUCCGAUGUACAGAGCUCUAUGGGAUGAAAAUCCAUUCUACAGUCUUUCUCCGAACGAGGAGACAAAGGAUCUAGGUGAUUUUAUGCCAGAUCUACUCAAAAAUAAUCUUACUUUAGGCUGUACAGGUGAGAUUCCGGGGAGGAAGGAUAGUGUCUUUGAACACACGUUCCUAUGUACUGAAGUAGAGGAUGAUGAGUUCCCUUGGGAUAUGGAGGAAAUGGAUUGGUAGGAAGAGUAUUUAAUGGGAAAAUUGGAACAUUUCAUCGUUGGUCAAAACCGGAUAGCUUUCCACAUGACACGCAAAAGAUACGUUAGUAUUCUUGCCGGUCUUUUGAAACCUGUGAGAAAGUUAUCAUAUGUGUAUUUCUCCGGCCCUUUAUAUCUCCAUAGAAAUCACGUACA